GGCGCAAUGGCGGCCGCCGGGUCAGGUCCGGGUUCUGACCCCGCCGCUGGCGCCCGGUUCUUCUGCACCGCGGGCCGCGGCCUGGAGCCGUUCCUGAUGCGGGAGGUGCGCGCGCGGCUGGAGGCCACGCAGGUUGAAUAUAUUUCAGGAAAAGUAUUUUUCACCACCUGUUCAGAUUUGACCUUGAUGAAGAAGUUAAAGUCAGCAGAGAGACUGUUUUUGUUGAUGAAGAAGCAGCCUCCAGUUGCAGUUUCUUCCCUGAACAAAGGAAAAAUACUUAAUGAAAUGCAGAGACUUAUAAAUGAUGAUCCAGGAAGUUGGCAGAAGGCCAUUUCACUUUGGAAAAAACUUCUCGAACUUGAUACAAAAAGAGAAAAUCUUCCUCAAAAGGAUGCUAACCCACUAAAACGAAAAGCAGGAGAAAAUGAAAUUAUCACUGCUAAGAAAUUAAAGCUAGAGGAGACACGGGCGGCUGGCGAGAGUCACAGAGAAGGCCGGCAGGACAGACUACCAGAAGACUCAGCGGAGCAGGGAGAUGCUGUUACUAGGAGGGAUGAACUCCACCAACAGGGACUCCAGAAUGCCGUGGAGAAGGCAGGUGGCGCUCAGAACCAGGAGGACUUGACUUUCAGGGUUUCCUGUCGCUGCAGUGGGAAUGUUGGAAAGGCCGUCACUGGACAGGAGGUAGGAAGAGUGAUUGGAAUUGCUCUCAUGAGGCAGUUUGGAUGGAAAGCUGAUUUGAGGAAUCCCAAUUUAGAGAUCUUCGUGCAUCUGAGUGAUGCUUACUCAGUGGUGGGGAUUCCCCUGUUCAGAGUUCCUUUAGCCAGCAGAACUUACAUCCAGACAGCUGGGCUGCGGUCGACCAUAGCGUGGGCCAUGGCAUCUAUUGCGGAAAUUAAGGCUGGAGCGCUGGUUCUAGAUCCAAUGUGUGGCCUUGGGACCAUACUUGUGGAAGCUGCUGAAGAGUGGCCAGAUGUCUACUACAUGGGUGCUGACGUCAGCGACUCGCAGUUACUUGGAGCAUGUGACAAUCUGAAGACUGCAGGCCUCGCAGACAGGAUUGAGUUACUCAAGGUCUCUGUUACAGAGUUACCGCUCCCGUCACAAAGUGUCGAUGUUAUUAUUUCUGACAUUCCAUUUGGGAAAAAAUUUAAGUUAGGAAAAGACAUCAAAAGCAUUCUACAAGAAAUGGAAAGAGUGCUGCGUGUUGGAGGAGCCAUGGUCUUGUUGCUCAGUGAAGAUCACCACCAGUGUCUUAGAGACUGCGGAGGCGGAAGCAUGCCCCUGACUGCCCAGGGCAAUGUCGCUGACCCUGAGAUGAAGAUGCUUUUGAAUCCUGGCAGAACUGGUGCACCCAACACAGCAUCACCUCCACAUAAAGCCGAUAGCCUGCAGCGGCCCGGUAGGAUGUUGCCCUGGGGCUCACUGGUGCCAGUGGAGUGCUUCAAAGUUGGCCUUGGAAAAACAGAUGCAUUCAUAUGUAAAUAUAAGAAGGCACAUGCCCCCAAACUGUCCCCAGCUGGAUGCCCUGAGCCAGGGGCACAUCCUGAGAUGGCAGCCAGGCAAGAAUGCUCUCUCCAGGAUUCCCUGUAGCCCUCACCACACCCCGUAGCUUUAAGAGUGCAGGCUCUGCCGGUAGGUGUGGCCAAGAACAUACUGUCGCAUAAGGCUUCCUGCUUUUAGUCCCCAGUACUCAGGGGUCUUGACAAAGAGCAGCUGGUUAAAUUUUCUGAAGACUUGGUAUAAAAACCAUUCAUCCCAGAAACUGAACUUUUAAAAAUGAAAAAAUCUUUAUGUGUAAAGAUAUCUAUUAAAUGAUUUUUUUUUUUUUUUUUUUUUUUUUUAGCCUAUAAUUUGCUUCUCUAUUAGGGUGAAAUUUUUUUUUGUUUUGUUUUUUUGUUUUCUGAGACAGGGUUUCUCUGUGUAGCCCUGGCUGUCCUGAGCUCUCUUUGUAGACCAUGCUGGCCUCAAACUCACAGAGCUCCACCUGCCUCUGCCUCCCUGAGUAGAAAGUAAUUUUUAUUUGCCAUAAUGUAUUACUCCUGUUUUAUAAAACAUCAGAGAAUAACAUUAAUCUAGAAUCCCUCAACAUGAUGAAAAUGAAUUUUGUCUUUUUAAAAGAUGUAUUUAUUUUUAUUUUAUGUAUAUGUAUGAGUGCCUACAUGGAUGGAUGGAUGGAUGGAUGGAUGGAUGGAUGGAUGGAUGGAUGGAUGGAUACCAGUGUGUACCAUGUUGAUGGAGACCUGACGACAACUCCGUGUCCUCAAGAACUGGAGUUACAAGUGGUUUUAAGCUGCCAUGUGGGUGCUGGCUGGGAACUGAAGCCAGGUCCUCUGCAAGAGCAGCAAGUGUUCUUACCCACUGAACUCUAGCCCCUGAAAUUUGCUUUUUAGAAAAAGCAUUAAUAAAUUGCUUCCUUAUUCUCUGUGA